UGUAAUCAAUGUGGUAAAGCCUUUGCAAGACCUGCUCAUCUCCAUUAUCAUAAAAGAACCCAUACUGGAGAGAAACCUUAUGAAUAUAAUCAAUGUGGUAAAGCGUUUUCCUAUCACAGUACUCUCGGAUAUCAUAAAAGAACCCAUACUGGAGAGAAACCUUAUAAAUGUAAUCAAUGUGGUAAAGCCUUUGCAAGACCCGCUCAUCUCCAACGUCAUGAAAGAACCCAUACUGGAGAGAAACCUCAUGAAUGUAGUCAAUGUGGGAAAGCCUUUGAAACACCCAGUGAUCUCCAAUGUCAUAAAAGAACCCAUACUGGAGAGAAACCUUAUGAAUGUAAUCAUAGCGGUAAAGCCUUUUCCUGUCACAGUAGUCUCAGAUAUCAUAAAAGAACCCAUACUGGAGAGAAACCUCAUGAAUGUAGUCAAUGUGGGAAAGCCUUUGCAACAUCCAGUGAUCUCCAAUGUCAUAAAAGAACCCAUACUGGAGAGAAACCUUAUGAAUGUAAUCAUUGCGGUAAAGCCUUUCCCUGUCACAGUAGUCUCAGAUAUCAUAAAAGAACCCAUACUGGAGAGAAACCUUAUGAAUGUAAUCAAUGUGGUAAAGCGUUUUCCUAUCACAGUACUCUCGGAUAUCAUAAAAGAAUCCAUACUGGAGAGAAACCUUAUGAAUGUAAUCAAUGUGGUAAAGCCUUUGCAAGACCCGCUCAUCUCCAACGUCAUAAAAGAACCCAUACUGGAGAGAAACCUCAUGAAUGUAGUCAAUGUGGGAAAGCCUUUGCAACACCCAGUCAUCUCCAAUGUCAUAAAACAACCCAUACUGGAGAGAAACCUUAUGAAUGUAAUCAUUGCAGUAAAGCCUUUUCCUGUCACAGUAGUCUCAGAUAUCAUAAAAGAACCCAUACUGGAGAGAAACCUUAUGAAUGUAAUCAAUGUGGUAAAGCCUUUGCAAGACCCGCUCAUCUCCAAUGUCAUAAAAGAACCCAUACUGGAGAGAAACCUUAUGAAUGUAAUCAAUGUGGUAAAGCCUUUGUAAAAACCACUACUCUCCAAAGACAUAAAAGAACACAUACUGGAGAGUAA